UGGCCCCUUUCCAAGGUGAUUUCCCAUAAACCACAUGCUCUGAGAGGCCGCUUUAAAAGGCCGAGCCCGCCUGGGCCAGUGGCGCUCAGCUCGGCUCCAGAAAGUGAAAGUUGGACUCGGGACUGCAGCAGCCCCCAGCCCGCCAGAGCCGAGCCGAGCGUCGCCACUGGAUUAUUAGCCCUCUCCUCCGCUGGCCCAGAGGCCGCGUGCAGGCAGCCCCCUUGCGCUCAGCCGCCGGCCACUUAGAAGGACUCUGCAAGGCUCACUCAGCAAGGCUCUGCACGGCUCACUCAGCAAGGUUCUGCCCGCUCCGACUCCGGCUCGGGGGACAGCCGCCCUGAUGACCCCACGGGGCGCAGGCGGGAACUGCCCACUCACGAUAUGGCUGGGCUGUUGGCUUCUGCUGCUUUGUCUCCUGGCGGUCUGGAGCCAUCCCACCUAUGGGCCAGAAACUUGUAACCAUCUUAUUGGGGAAGGUCACCUAACGAAGCUGCAGCAGCUGAUUGACAGCCAGAUGGAAACAUCCUGCCACAUUACCUUUAAAUUUGCAGACCGGGACCAGCUGAAAGAUUCCAUCUGCUACCUUAAGAAGGCAUUUCCCCUGAUCCAGGACAUUUUUGAGGAAAUCAUUCGCUUCAAGGACAAUUCUUUCAAUUACAAUGCCUCCAGGGAUCUGCAUGAGCUCUACCUGAGGCUGAGGGAUGCUGGGUGUGUCACCAGGGAGCAUGAGGAGAGAGAUGAGGCCUGUGUUAGGACUUUCAACAACACCCCUGUCCAGAUAUUGGAGAAGGUCCAAAAUAUCUUUAUAGAAAUCAAUAGACUCCUUAACGAUGACUGGCAUGUCUUUGACCGUGAUUGCACCAGUAGCUUUGCCAAAUGUGUCAAUUCAGAUGUGGUGACCAAGCCUGAUUGCAACUGCCUGUCCCCCAGAACCACCCCUAGCAGUAAGCUGGCCUCUGUCCCCAUCCAUAGCUCCCUCUCUCCCUCCACAGCCCCAGUGGCCAACUUGGCCUGGGGAGACUCUGAGGGGACAGAGGGCAAACCUCUCGUGCCCAGUGACCUGCCACCUCAAACAGCAGCCCAGGGCAGUGCCAGGCGCCGAGUCCCCCGGAGCACCUGUGGAAGCGUGGAGGCAAUGGAGACUGCGGGCACGCUCUCUGCUUCCCAGUCCCUGGUGGGAUCUGAGAUGGAGCCCGGGAGCAACAAGUCUCCCCCUGACUUGUCCGAUUCCCCUAGGAUAAAGGGCCUUCUCAACUCUGCACUCGACACUGACUCAGCUCUAGGGGAUGCCUCAGGUGAUGUCAGCCCUGGUUCUCAAGAAACAGAGGCUCCCCUUUUCCUGUUGGGAGGGGGACCUAUCCAGACAGGGACCACAGAUCCAGACGAGCUCCUCGCCACUCCCUCGACGCCUGUUCUUGCACAGGGAUCGCUGGCCCAAGUGAGGAAUGACCACCUGCAGAAUGAGGGCAGUACCCCACUGGCUGGCCAGGCCAGAGAUUAUUCAUCAGAGGAGAUGGAUGGAGGUAUCCAGGGCCUGAGCUCACCCACUACCCAGCUGCUGCACUCUGAGGAAACCCAGGGCAUCUCCAACCUCCCUGCUCAGCCCCGUUUCCCCAGAAGCCUCUCCUGGGGCGUCCCCCGACCCCCAAAGGAGCUGGAGGGCAAGAGAAGCACUAGGGUCCGGAGAAGCCCUGCCAAGCUGGAAGGAGGAAGAGGAGGUCAAGGUUUGGAGAGAGAAGAGGGCCCAGGCGGGCCCCACAAGGGCUUUAACUCGCUUCCUUUGACUGACACAGGCCCCGAGAGGCAGAAUAUGGGAAGCCCUGUCCUUCAGUUCCAGGGUUCUGACUUCUGGGUCCUGAUAGCCGGCAUCCUCCUGGUCCUCCUAGCAGUGGGCGGCCUCCUGUUCUACAAGCAGAGGCAGUGGAACCGACAGGAGCUACAGCCAGCAGAAAUACCUUUAGAUCAGCCAGAGAUCAGAAGCCCCCUGAACCAGGAAGAGGACAGACAGGUGGAGUUGCCAGUGUAGAGGUCGUAAUGAGCUGGGCCCACAGGACAGUCCCUCCAUGGGAGGAGAAGCCGUGGGGGCUUCCAGACAUCCCCCAAGCCUGUUCUCCCAGGAUCUCAACCCGCCCAUCACGGAGGCCCUCGGCCUGGACUGGACAGGACAGGAGCAGGCGAGGGUGGAAAGCCCUCUACCACUCAUUCUCUGUCCUCUUACUCCUUUAUUGACUGAGAGAGGGAGGGAGGAUGAUCAAGAAGCUACAGAUAUUUAUUAUGAUUAUUUUGGCCCUGGAGGCCAGCGUCCAUGCUUCUGGGAGUGCCAGCAAAAGUGUGCUCAGAGCCUUCUGCCCUCAGAGACUGACCCACAGGGCAGCCUGGGAAAGAAGGAUGACCUUCAGCCCCCUCCCAUCCCUCAGUCCCUUCCAGAAUCUGAGCCUGGACCAAAGGAGAAGAGGGCUGUUGGGUGGGAAACAGCCUUUGGGUAGGUGUUGUUGGGAAAGAUUGGGCUGGAGUUCCCAUUGCUGCCAGGACAAGAGUUUUUCAGGGAAAUAUGCUCCCAUCUUAUUUAUGAAGCACCAAGAAAUCCAGGCUUCCCAGCAAGCAAGAGCAUGUCCCAAGAGGAAGGAGUGCCUCAAAGCUCCCCGGGCAAUGCAGCUUAGACUUCAUUUCCCAAAAAGGGGUGCAGCUAUCAAGAUGGGAGAAGACACCUAUACAUUGUCACUAGCCUACACAGACAGCUGGGGAGGUGUCUCUGAACCAGUGAGUGCUCUCAGCUCCCUCUGAGUGACAGCUUGGGGGCCAUACCCCAGAAUAGCUCCUUGUCCCUUUGAGUCAGGGUCCUUCAGGGAUUCAGCCUCUGAAAAGCCCUAUUGCCCAAAUCCUGACACCAGCCAAGAUGUGUGCAGGAAAGAACAGCAAUCACUGUGUCCUAACCCAUCCCCAACAUGCCCUGGGCUCUGCUCCCAUCUUCCCUCACAACUAUUAGCUGGGUUCUAGAGCUGCUCCAGAACAUCUGGGUAGGAAGAACCAGCCAUCUGAUGAAGGAAGCCUUUGCACUGUGAAUAUUGAAUCUUCUUGCUGUACUGUCCUGACCUCUUCCCAUAGGCAGCAUCUGUUAGUCCCCCUUCUCUACUGCCCCUUUGCCUCCUAUGCACAUAAAACUCCUGAGCUGGUCUCAUGAUGAUGAAGGGAUUCUGCUGCCCUUUCCUCCACUACCAUGUUUUGGUGUCCAAAUAUAAUGGGUACCGUGGGUUGGUUUCCAUGGACCCUGGCUCCCUGGAGGGAGGGUAAAUAUUACCCAUCAGUCUACCUGCUACAAGCUGAGUCUGCUGGAAGAUCUUGGCUUCUGGGUCUCAUACUUUGACAUUACAAAAAGAAAGAGAAUAGAAGUUUUUUUUUGUUUGUUUUUUUUUAAUGACUGGAGUGGAGAGAACCACUAUGUCUUUGAACCUGUUUGUAUGACUCUGGAGGUGGGAAUUGGAGCUGUGUCUUGGCUUGAUUGUUUUUCCCUGAACUGUUCUCCCAUUCAACCAAUCCCCUCUCAAGCCUUUGGGAGAACAGAAGAGCAGUCUUCUGACUGGUUAGAUUUCUUCUCCCUGAUGAUCUCAGUGCAAUGAGUUUCUCAAUCUUGUUUUCAUCUCAAUCCUUCCCUCCAGAUCUCAGCUCAUCUUCCUUCUUUCCUGUACUCCCUUGUUAACUUUCUUUCCAGCCCUUCCUUCCCUACUCCCCCCAAAACCUCUGCUUUCUCCUUUGCUUUCCAGUUCUUCUUUCUCCGGAUUCCUUUCACUUCUGGUUCACCUGAUCCUCCCUUCCUUGGUACAGUCCCCAGAGUCAGGGAAGAGAGCUUAGCUUGGUCCCCUCUUGGAACUUGCUCCAAAGCUCCGUCACUGGUUUAGUGUCUUGGAAAUUAUUUCUUCACCUUCAAAAGAAGGGGAGUAAUUUUUACCCUUUUCCACUGCUGUGUGGGAGGAGGUAUGAAGCCAUUAAAUAUUGGAGAAGAGAUGAGGGUGGAGGGAGCUGCUGUUUAUUAUGCCUUCUAUUUCCUCUUUUGCCCACCCUUACCAUUGCCUUACUUCCAUCCUGUCAUUUUGCUAGGUUUUAUACAUCCCCAUAAGUCUUCCUGAGCCUUGUUAAAUAGGAAUCUCCAGUGUCUGUCCCCCCAUUCAUGCUUUCCUUAUUAUUCGUCCUUAAGCCCCAGGCCCCUAGGGCAAGGGGAGCUGGAUUCCCCAACUGCUACUUGGGGCCCAAGACUACAUCAGAGACCUCCUCGCGUCCAAAUUCACCCACUGGGUGUGGUCAUAUCUUGGCCCUAAGAGGGAGCUUUGAGAAGAGGGCUGGCUAAGGGCAGAGCCAGACCUCCAACAAGGAGAAAUCUUCCCCUGGGCCUCAUUUUCCUGGCCUCAGCAUUAUUUUUUUUUUGAUGUUAAGUAAAUAAUAUCUAUUUACAAUGAAAACUUUGAAGACAUAGAAAAAUAUGUUUGUUUUCUUUUAAAUGUAUACUGUGCAAAAGAGGUCAAAAUAGCAAGACCAGCAUUUCAGAUGCUCUUUGUCCAUUGGUAGGUGAGAUGAAUGGUUCCUCCCCCAGACCUAAGUAGGUCCUUUCAUCUGUCUCUUCUUCCUCUGACCAAACCCCCACCCCACUUCCCUAGGGAAGGCAAGUGGAGCUGGGGCCUUGCACUGUGUGGUUGUUUUUAUACUUGGAAAUGGUGAAUUAUUUUAUAUAUAAAGUCAUUUAAAGAUUUAUUUAAAAGAAAUAGGAAGCUGCUUGUAUAUUUAAUAAUAAAUGCAGACAAAACCA